AUGCUUCAUGGACGUUUAACUGUUCCGGGUCAUUCGUUAACAGCCUUGGAAUCAAUAUUCGGCUGGGUCAUUAUCGGAAAGACUAAAAGUGUAUCACAAACAAUUGUAUCUAAUCAUGCUAGUUGUACCAAUGUUCAGCUCCAGCUUGAAAAAUUUUGGAAAUUGGAAGAAAUUUCGGAGAUAAAGCAUUACACAGAAGAGGAAAUUGAAUGUGAAAAUCAUUUCAAGCGGAAUUUUUCUCGUGAUUCAACAGGUAGAUUUGUUGUUAAGUUUCCAUUUCGUAGAUCGGGAAAUGAACUUGGGUCAUCAAGGGAUGUUGCUGUACAUCGUUUACAAAGCAUUGAACGUCAAUUUAUUAAGAAUAAAUCUCUUUCCAGUCAAUAUCACAAAUUUAUGGAGGACUAUCAACAACUUGGUCAUAUGGAAUUGAUUCCAGAAAAUGAAAUUGAUGUUCCAGCUAAUUCUAGUUUUUACCUUCCGCACCAUUCAGUUCCGGAUAAAAAUGGUGAUAAAUUUCGAGUCGUAUUUGAUGGUUCUGCAAAAUCUUCUAGCGGUAUUUCUCUUAAUGAGAAAUUGAUGGUUGGUCCACAGUUGCAGACUGAUCUGACAACAUUAAUUAUUCGUUUCAGAAUUCACAGAAUAGCUAUAACUGCAGAUAUAGAGAAAAUGUACAGACAAAUUAUACUAAAAGAUGCAGACUUUCAGAGAAUAGUCUGGCGCGAUUCACUUUAUAAACCAAUUCAGGAUUUUCGAUUAACUAGGAUUGCUUACGGUACUGCAUCAGCUCCGUACCUUGCGGUAAGAUGUUUACAGCAGUUAGCCAUAGAUGAAGCAACUAAUUUUCCUUUGGCUUCCAAGACAUGUCUUAGGGACUUCUACGUUGAUGAUUUGAUGUCCGGAGCCAAUUCAGUUACUGAAGCUAUAGAAUUACAAAUGCAAUUGAAUCAGAUGUUGUCACGUGCAGGAUUUAUUCUAAGAAAAUGGGCUUCUAACAGCAGCAAGAAGUCUUGA